AUGCAGGAAAUCUUACGUUUGUAUGAGAUGAGUGAAAACAACGAGUGGAAAAGAAUUUCAUGGGCCAUUCAUAAACGUAACAAAAACAAAAUGAUGCGAUAUCGUCAACUAUGCUCAAAUGACGAAGAAUUUCUUUCGUUCAAAGAUGGAUUUUUGGAACAGGUACCUCCAUCGCAACAACAAAUCAAUCAACGAGAUCUACCCGAGACGUCAAGCUGUAAUACGAACGUGAACUUUCAAGUGGACGGUCAAGCAGAUCAUGACGCUCUGAACAGAAAUGAUGGCUGUGAAGGUUAUGCCACUGAUAGUUCCGAAGAAUUCCGAACUGCAGAAGAAAUUGAACAUUAUCAUUCAUCGGCAGGUUCUGUGCAGUCCAAUAACAGUGUCGACGAUAAUGAUGGUGAUAAUGAUACUGAUAGCGAGAGUGACAGUGAUAGUGACGAAGAAGUGGAUGAUAAUAUAGUACAAUCAUUUUUUCAUGCUCAACCGAUAGAAUUGAAUUUUCCCUUUACUUCCAAUUCAAACUUUCAUCAAAGAGAUCAUUUACUUGCAGUUGUUGCUAUGUCUAUUCGCUAUAAUUUUUCAUACGAAGCUACUCUUAAUGUAUUGAAAUGGAUUAAAUUAACUCAUAAUGAUAAUUCUUUGCCAACAACAAAAAAAGCGUUGUGGAAGACGUUGAACAAAAACAAUUCUGUUAUAUUCAAGAAAAAACAAAACUUUGAUUCAGUCGAAGAUGUAUAUGACGGAAGUGAAUACGUUGAACUGUCGAAGCCCGGCAACUUUUUAUCCAGUCCAAACAACUAUUCAUUUACUUUUAAUACCGAUGGAUGUCAACCCACAAGCUCAUCAAGCGUCAGUGGAUGGCCUAUUUAUCUUCAACUUAAUGAAUUAUCUCCUCAUAUGAGGAAGAAAUAUAUUUUCUUAGCUGGAGUUUUUGUUGAUACUAAGCACCCAUUAAUGAAUAAUUUCUUGCACCCAUUUACAGACCAGAUGAAAGAAUUUUAUGAAGAAGGUGUAAGUUGGAAACCUUCAGAAAAUCGUCAAGUGACAUCGAAAUUUAUAGUUACUACUUGUUCUGUGGACUCUCCUGCUCGAGCACUAGUAACUCGUAUGAAUCAAUUUAAUGGGUAUUUUGGGUGCACAUACUGUUACGCAAAAGGCGAAAGAAAUGGCAGCAAAAAUACUUAUACUUUGAACCACUGCUUUCAACGCCUCCGACUGAGAGACGAAAUGUUAGAAGACAUGAAAACAGCAUUUUUAUCAAAAGUAACUACGAAUGGUGUCAAAGGAAUUCCUUCGUUAAUAUCAUUACCAGAAUUCGAUAUAAGUAAAGGAGUAGUAGUAGAGGCAAUGCAUGCAGUUUUUCUCGGGGCAGUUAAACAGCAUGCAGACCUUCUUAUGACGAGUGUAGCAGCAGAAUUUUACAUUGGAAAGCCAGAUAUUUUAGAAAGGAUUAAUCAACGUCUACUGUCUAUAAAACCACCAACUCAACGAUCACGAGCGCCAAGAUCAUUAGCAACGUAUAAGCAGUGGAAAGCAUCAGAGUGGCGCAACUGGCUUGACUAUGUUCCAAUAUGCUCCAAUAUUGAACUGGAUAUUGCUGAAGAAUUAAUAAAGAAAUAUGUGACGUUAUUUGAAGAGUAUUUAGGAGAAGAAAACAUGAGUUAUAAUAUUCAUUUACUAACUCAUCUCACAAAUACUGUACGUUUGUGGGGUCCGUUUUGGGCACAUGAUGCAUUUUCUUUUGAGGCCUGGAAUAAGAAGAUAGUAGAUAAAAUAACUAGCGCUUAUGCGAGAGCUGAUCAAGUUGUGACAAGAUAUUUAAUGUCUACAUUUCUGGAACUGACAAUUUACAACCCUGCAGUGGCCGAAGAAACUAGAAAGUUUAUCUGUGACACACUUAAACUUGUAGAUCAUCACACAAUUGUUGAUAAAUUUAUCAAUAUAGGGCGAUUGCAACAACGUCAACAAGUAGCAAACGAGUGUGAAUGUCUUCGAGAACUCGACAUUCAACCUCCGGAAGAAUUGCUUUCAUUUUUUCAAGUAAAAGUCAACAAAAUAAAAUAUAAGUGUGACGACAAUGAGGAUACAAAAUUUUGCAAUUCAUAUAUAUUUUCUAAAAUGUACGGUUUUGGCAAAAUUAUUUCAAUUGUUGAAUUUACAUCAUUAAAUGAAAACACUGUCAGAGGGUUUUUCAUAAAAUGUUUACAAAAGAAAAAAGAAAUGUUUGAUACGAAUUAUAUUGUAAAGAUUGAAGAAACUAAAACAAUCAAAUUCUUAAGUGCAGAUGAAGAUAUAAAGCCAGCAAUAAUUGUUUCGACUGUUAAUGGAAUGUAUGCAUUCAAGCUUGCUAAUUGUUGGGAAACGGAUUAA